AUGCCUGGGCCCGCAGCCCCAACACCAACAGCCAUCCACAGCGCCCUGGCGCUCCUGCUCCUCCUCACGCCUCCCGCCAACGCCUUCUCCUGCAGCCCCCUGCGCCUCCACGACAGCGCCUUCCCCUGGGACAGCCUCCAGCUCCUCCGCGACAUGGCUCCCAGCCCCACGCAGCCCUGCCCGCAGCAACACGCGCCUUGCUCCUUCCCGGACACCCUCCUGGACACCAACGACACACAGCAAGCCGCACACACCGUCCACCACCUCCUCCAACACCUCUUCGACACCCUCAGCAGCCCCAGCACCCCCGCGCACUGGCUCGACACCGCACGCCACGACCUCCUCAACCAGCUCCAGCACCACAUCCACCACCUCGAGCGCUGCUUCCCAGCCGACGCCACGCGCUUCCACAGGCGAGGGCCCCGCAACCUUCACCUCAGCAUCAACAAGUACUUCGGCUGCAUCCAACACUUCCUCCAGAACCACACCUACAGCCCCUGCGCCUGGGACCACGUCCGCCUCGAGGCUCACGCCUGCUUCCAGCGCAUCCACCGCCUCACCCGCACCAUGCGCUAA